AUGUGCGGACGGCUGGACUGCGGCCUGCACGGUGACGGUAUGCAUAGAGGCAGCCAACUCGACGCAGACGUGGUGCUGUCCCAAGAGCUACGACGCUGGACGAGCGUUGGUGAAGCGAUACUAUCUACUGAUGGCAACGUGCGCGUCUGUGCGAGUGCGAUCGCCUGGAAGGAGGUCAUAUGGGUUAAUUCGGAGGCGAAUCUUUCAUUAUGGUCUCCCGGUCCCCUUGAUGCGUUGGCAACGUCGUUCCACACGACGCUGCCAUCGCUGACUGCGCUCCGUCCUGUAUUCCCUCUCUCAGGCGAGACAAUCCCUCCCGCUACCAUUACCAGGGCACAUCUGGCUGGGGCAAUUGCCGGAGGAGUGGCCGGGUUUCUCCUGCUCAUCGCUGUCGCUGUCUCUAUGCGGCAGCAGGCACUUGUUAGACGGGAAAGGCAAACUUGCGAGUUCACGUAUGAAAGGGCAUUAGCACCAGGCGAGAGCCAUGCCAUGAGCGGGGAGAGAGGAUUAGUGUUGGAUUUGACGGGAAAGCUGAGCCACAUGCGAGCGAGGUGCCCGAGCUGCCAGAACGAUCGGAAAGACAGCAUGAACUUCAUGCUUACUCCAGACCGCAUACCAUAA